GAACUGGAAGAUUGUUUAGGAUGGCUGACCCUCAGCCCCAGGCACCCUCCUCCUGCGACUGCUUCGUUUCGCUUCCGCCAGCCUCUGCUAACGGAGAGGUGAUCUUUGGCAAGAAUUCAGACCGGCCAAGGGACGAAGUCCAGGAGGUAGUCUAUUUCCCAGCUGAAUGUCAUGCCAAAGGGACAAAGGUGCAGUGCACAUACAUUGAAGUGGAUCAGGCAGAGAGGACCCAUGCAGUCAUUCUGAGUCGACCCGCUUGGCUGUGGGGAGCUGAGAUGGGGGCUAAUGAACAUGGUGUUUGCAUUGGCAAUGAAGGCGUGUGGACCAAGGAACCAGUCGGGGAAGAGGAGGCCUUGCUGGGCAUGGAUUUAGUCAGGCUUGGUCUGGAGCGGGGCAGCAGUGCCCACGAAGCCCUCCAGGUCAUAACAACACUCCUGGAACGCUACGGCCAAGGGGGCAACUGCAAGGAGGAGCCAACCCCUUUCAUUUACCAUAACACCUUCCUCCUGGCAGACCGCACUGAAGCGUGGGUCUUGGAAACAGCCGGGCGGUUUUGGGCUGCUCAGAGGAUUCAAGAAGGUGCCCGGAACAUCUCCAACCAGCUGAGCAUUGGAACAGACAUUACCGCUGAACAUGCGGACCUACGACAACAUGCGCAGAGGCAAGGAUGGUGGAGCGGUGAAGGGGAGUUCAAUUUCCUAGAGGUGUUCUCACUCAUCCAGCAACCAGUUCGCAUGGAAGCUGCCAAGGCUCGGUAUUGUGCUGGUCAGCAGCUGCUGCGCCAGCAUUCAGGGCAGAUCACUGCAGAGACCAUGAUGACCUUCUUGAGUGACAAGGCCAGUGGGAUUUGUGUGGACACGGAAGGGUUCUGCACCACAGGCAGCAUGGUCUCCAUCCUUCCACAGGAUUGCCACCUGCCUUGCAUCCACUUCUUCACUGCCACACCAGACCCUUCCAGGUCUAUCUUCAAACCUUUUAUCUUUGUUCCCAACAUCACUUCUUUUCCCCAGGUGAAAUCACCAAACUUUGGUGACAAAGACCCCAUCAGAGAGACUCCUCGGUUUCAGAGCCAAAUCGAUCGACGACAUGAUCUCUACCAGCAGCAUCAGUUAGCUCUGGAGAUCAUGAAUCACAAUCAGCACAAGUGCCAGAGGCUCCAGGAAAUUAUGCAGAAAUUUCAGCGGCAGAUCCUGGAGGCUAUGAAAAAUCUGUUGGCAGGCUCUUCGACGCUGAAACCCCAGGAACUGGCUGACCUCUUCUACAGUUCUGUGGACGCAGAACUCAAGUUAUAUAAAUGAUGGAUUCUUUCCAGGGCAGAUAGUCUGAGUUCUAAGAACUUCAAAGCACCAAAGAGAACCGUUUGCCAUCUUCUAAUCCUGCUGCUGUAAUCCUGAUACCCACUUUGGUGGUGUUCACUGCUGGUGAGGCGAUUGGCAACAAUCUUCUCAACUACAAUAAUAAAUAAUCCUACCCAAGCCUUUCAGAGAACUGAUGCUGACACCUGUGAUCUUCCAUAAACCCAAAUG